AUGUCCUCUACCACAGACGGCUCCAGCAACUCCUCCUCCUUGGUGCUGCACUUCACCCUGAAGCCUAAGGACCAUGGCACCACUCUCGGAUGUCAUCUGAACCUCUCCCCAGCUAACCCGACCGGGAGUCGCAUGGUCAGGCUCCAGGAAGCCUCCCCCGCCACGAUGCUUUAUUCUUCUUGUUCCUUGAAGAAGACUCUGCGGUGCAGUUGUUCCUUCCAUGGGAUCCCCACGCCCUCCGCGCAGUGGGAUGGGAGGUUGAUGGGAGGUGUUCCCGUGGGUCUGAACAACAUGAAUAACAUCCUCCAGGUGACUUUUAGCAUAAUUGCCCCUUGGGCCAAGAGCGCCAUCAGCCUCCUCGGGGAGCCUGAAAUAAUCAUGGGCCUCCACUGUGAGGGGAAGAACCAACAUGGAAUCCAUACUUCAAGCAUCUUCCUCAUACCAGAUAAGAAUUCAGUUUCCAAUGCGUUCGCGAAGGGGCUGAUCCAGGGCAUUGUGUAUGGAUCCAUUGCAUCAGCACUAUUCUUCUUCUUCCUUGUCCUCCUUGCGUGA